UUUUUUUCUUCCUAUGGCAAUACCGUUCUGUGUGUCAUCUGUGGUAAGAAAUAGUAAGAAUACUAAGAAUCGACUGUCGGUAGAAAAAAGAGAGUCUCUGUUAUGAAUAUUGUUAGACGCAAUAAUUUACGAUUUAACAUAAACUAAGAGCAAAAAUAAUAUUAUUGUAUAAUAAUUUCGUCUGACUAAUAUUCGAAAUGACUUGGGGGUUCGUCACAUGUGGCCCUAACGAAGCACUCGUGAUUUCAGGAUGCUGCUAUUCCAAGCCACUCCUGGUCCCUGGUGGUCGAGCCUUUGUAUGGCCAGCGAUCCAGAGCGUACAACGGAUAUCUCUAAACACCAUGACCCUUCAAGUGGAGUCACCAACUGUCUAUACCAGUCAGGGUGUGCCCAUUUCGGUUACUGGAAUCGCUCAGGUCAAAAUUCAAGGUCAGAAUUCCGAGAUGCUGCUCUCCGCGUGUGAGCAGUUUCUCGGUAAAACGGAGCAAGAGAUUCAGCACAUAGCCCUGGUGACGCUGGAGGGUCACCAACGUGCUAUAAUGGGAUCUAUGACGGUCGAGGAAAUAUACAAAGACAGAAAAAUAUUCUCGAAAAAGGUGUUCGAAGUUGCGUCGAGUGAUCUAAUCAACAUGGGAAUCACAGUUGUGUCGUAUACUUUGAAGGACAUCAGAGACGAGGAGGGCUACUUGAAAGCUCUAGGUAUGGCUCGUACAGCCGAAGUGAAGCGCGACGCACGUAUAGGCGAAGCUGAAGCUCAGGCCGAAGCCAAGAUUAAGGAGGCGAUGGCUGAGGAGCAACGCAUGGCCGCCAGGUUCCUGAACGAUACGGAGAUCGCUAAGUCUCAGCGGGACUUUGAGCUAAAGAAGGCCGCUUACGACGUAGAAGUUCACACCAAAAAGGCCGAAGCCGAGAUGGCCUACGAACUACAAGCUGCCAAGACGAAACAGCGUAUCAAAGAGGAACAGAUGCAGAUAGCGGUCGUGGAGCGAACCCAGGAGAUCGCCGUACAGAAGUGGGAAGUACAAAGACGCGAGAAGGAACUGGAAGCCACAAUACGCAGACCCGCCGAAGCUGAGAAGUUCAGACUAGAGAAGAUAGCGGAAGCGCACAGGCAGAAGACAGUGCUCGAAGCCGAAGCUGAGGCGGAAGCGGUUAAAGUACGAGGAGAGGCGGAAGCAUACGCUAUAAAAGCAAAGGCCGUUGCUGAUGCCGAGCAGAUGGCGAAAAAGGCAGAAGCGUGGAAGGAAUAUGGAUCUGCCGCUAUGGUGGACAUGAUGCUGGAAACUCUACCCAAGGUUGCAGCAGAAGUGGCUGCCCCCCUGUCCCAAGCCAGGAAGGUAACUAUGGUGUCGUGCGGAGGCGGCGAGGUCGGUGCGGCCAAACUCACCGGUGAAGUAUUGAGCAUUGUACAGUGCUUACCUGAACUCGUGAAGGGAGUCACCGGAGUCGAUAUAUCCAAGGGUGUUCGCGCACUGUAAAUCUGUUCCGUGGAUCUUACAAUAAAUUAUUGUAUGAGUACAUCACAAUUGUAACGAACUAUCUAUAUAUUAUUAUUAUAUACACUAUCUAUUAAUUUAUGUAACGUUAAAUUAAUAUCUUCAACCUAAAGUGCCACUAAGUGAAUUUAUUUAUUCUACAUAUUGUAAACUGUUUAUAAAAAUAUUGUGGCAUACGUUAAAACACUAGCACAAAAUGUACUGGCCGUAGCAUGUAACAGAAUAUAUUGUAUAAAUAUUUCCUCAGUACCCAUUAAAGGAAAUAACAGGAAGCUUUCAAUCAAUUGAAAGCGGGUUUUGUCCUCUGACUCGAGGAUAUGAAGAACGGAGGUACCCCCACGAAACGAACGUAUGCAACUCUUCCCGUAAUGAAACUGCAUAGAUAUUUUUUACCCAAUGAACUCAAAUUAUGACUUAGAAUACAUUCAACCUGAGUACUUCGAUUCCUGUCAAUAACAUUGACGAUUCGAGGUUGCCAAUGAGCAAUACAUCGAUUUUUUAUAAUUACUAUUAGAAUACGUUCGAACUGUUAGUUGGUGUCACAGGUGACACAGGACAGUAGAUGCAACAGGCGAGCGUAUUUUACGACACAUUAAUAUCUAAAUACCACGUACAAUCCAGCUUUGAAAUGAGCUCCCCUCCACGGUGUUUUCCGAGCGCUGUGACAUGUCCUUCUUCAAACGAGGCUUGUGGAGAGUACUUAACGGUAGGCAGCAGCUUGGUUCUGCCCCUGGCAUUGCUGAAGUCCAUGGGCGACGGUAACUACUGAUCAUCAGGUCGGCCGUAUGCUUGUCUGCCUACAAGGGCAAUAGAAAAAAAAAACAAAAAUAACUUAUUGUUUUUGUUUGUUUCGACAAUGGUCCAAAUAUCAUUGUUUACUGUAAUUCGUUGCAUACUUUAUGUAGCAAAUAUACUGAUUAAAUACACCGUCCUUUCGACAAUUUGACCUUGACAGUUAAGUUCCCCAAAAUGCCUCGUAUGAACUUAAUAUUAAUUGAUUUUAUUCUGAAAUCGGUUUGAUCUAAGGCUUUGGAUAUCAGACAACAAGACAUGUCAGAAUCAGAUGUCUGCUUCUCAAGCGUUCGUACUACAUUAUAAAAUCUUCACUGAUUGACUCAAUUUUUGCUGCAUAAUUUAUCCCGGUAAUAGCGUUACUAACCCCGUUAAUAAGCCGGUAAUGUUACUUUUGGGUUUUAUUUACCCUGUAUAUGUACAGACUAAAGUAAAUGUAAUAAAAUAAUCCAUUUAAACCGUGAAUCUCCAAUGAAGAAAAGUAACAAUAAUUAGAACCGUUUGCCAUUAAAAUAUUGUGAAUUCCCUCGAAUGGAAUCGUAAGUACUUUGGUUUUCUGUGUAGUGCUACUUUUAUAAUAACGAUCUAUUUUACAAUGUGUAAUAUUGUAGACAUUGUAAUGCUUAGUACAUUUUUAACGACCAAACUGUUAAAUUUUGUUCAAAGGUAGUAAAAGAAAUCUAUAUUUUUUUAUUUAUAGGUAAAAUGAUCUUUAGGGUAAAUGAUAAAUAUUUGGUGUUCAAGUGCAGUUUGGUGUUGUUUGUUUAUCUGUAAAACGAUCGCAAAGUAUAUAAGAGUGAGUAAUUAUAGUAAUUCGAUGUUUAGUAAUAUUUUUCGUUAGCUGCGAAAUCUCCGAAAGUGUACUGGUACAAAUUAUUAUACACAUCAUAUGUUCGUUUUGAAGCAUAUUUUUUUGUUUUAAUUUAUAAUGUUAUUUAUUUUUAAACCGUCACAAUUUUGUUUUAUUUCCUGGAGAUAAAACUAUAAUAUAAUUAUAGUUCUAUAUUGCAAGUCAUCAAUUUUUGUAUACUUACAUAAUAUGAUUAAUAUUUAAUUUUAAUAAGCUUUGGAUUGGAAGAAUUUUAGCAUCGCUUAGAAUUAUAUCUGAGGCAUGUUAACACUGCUUUUGUAUUUGCUCCAAUUAUAUCGUUGACUAAAAGCUUCGAUGGCAGAUAAACGAAUCUUUCGAAUUGUUUCAAGGGAGCAUUGUGUUUGAUUUUAUUUUUAAUUUCUAAAUAUGUUUCUUCUGUUAUUAUUAACGGUGUAUUCGUAUAUGUACUCUAACUUAUAUUCUUAUUGUUAGCAUUUGUUCACUUAUUUAAUUAUUUGGCAUAAUAAAAUAAUACUUUAAAUUAUGACAGCACAUCACAUUUGUAUCUAAUAACUUCGGUGCCAUUUAUUUAAGUGCCAGUAAUAUAAUAGUUUUAAGUUUUUUUUUUUGUUCAUUGUGAUGAACAAAUUCUUUUUGUUUGUACCACCGUUUCUUAUCAAUAAUCUAUGAAAUCUCCAACUAAUUUUAACGUGUUAUUAACUAGAUUAUCUUGUUUUAUAUUCAGUUUCAAAUAUUAAUAAUGAUAUGGCGAGUUAGUUCUGCGGCUUGAGCCUCUCACUUUAAAGUUCAUAUAAGAAGCUCACGAGGUUAAAGUCCUUAAAUUUAAUCUCCAAGAACAAGAACAAAGGUCAAUAACAAAACAUUUUGUAGUUUUGAUGGUCCUGUGAUAUUAUAGAUUUUAUACAGUUGACAACGCAGAAUUUUUAGUUGCGUAAAUAAAAAUAUUCACGUUUUAUUCGGAUUGUUCACAGUUUAGCUAUCUACAUUUGAAUGAAUUUUGUCACUUCUUGCACUACAUUUACUUUGUGUGAAGAAUUUUUUUUUUGUUCUUCUGCGUGGCACUAAAUAAUGAUCUGUGUGGCUUUUUUUAUUACAGUGUAUGUGUACCGUGGUUUUAUUACGUAAUAAUAUAUUCAAUAAAUUAAUACCUAAAAUA